GACCGUAUUCUUGGUGCAGAGAUACCCGGGCAAGAUCACGAUGGCUACGAUGCAGAUCCAAAUUUCUUCUAUGGAACGCAUCAAGCCGAGACUUCAACAACGCCCUGGGCGCCUCAAAAGAUUGAGGCUCGCUAUGACGAGGAGGCCUCAGGAAGCUCCUGCGCCUGCACCACCCACCACCUCACCACCAGUCACUGUCACCACUACUAUCAAAACUCAUUUACGACACCUAUUCUCCCCGUCACCCCAUCAUGCAACGCCGCCCGUUGUCGACGUUCCAUUCGCGAAGGCCAAAGAGCGUAAUGCUGCUGCGGGUGCUCCUGGCCCAGACCCGGACAUCGUACCUGAUGAAUAUUUCGAUACUGCCGAACCGGACCCUGACACACAACAGCAGCAACAACACCAGCAAGCAGUAGCAGUACACACCGACCCUGGCGAACAUGGAGGCGGAAAGUCAUGUGUCUGCUGCUAG